AUGGCUUCUUUAAAAGAUGUAGCAUCGUUAUAUCAAAGUCUUAAAACAGAAUGGGCGAAAAAACCACCGAAACUUGAUAAAUGUGGAGAACUCUUGAACAAAAUAAAGAUAGCUCUAACGCAAUUGAGUUUUCUACCAAGUAACAAUGCUGCUGCCAACCAAAAAGAACUAAUUGUGGCAAGGGAUGUAUUAGAAAUUGGUGCUCAGUGGGCAGUUGCAAGCAAAGAUGUUAAAGCAUUUGAAAGAUAUAUGUCUCAGUUGAAAUGUUACUAUUUUGAUUAUAAGGACCACUUGCCAGAAUCAGCCUUUAUGUACCAGUUGCUGGGUCUGAAUUUGCUGUUUCUGCUUGCACAAAACCGUGUAGCUGAAUUUCAUACAGAACUUGAGCGUCUUCCAGUAGAUGUGAUAAGGGCAGAUCCAUAUGUGAGACAUCCACUGGCUCUAGAACAAUACUUGAUGGAGGGAAGCUAUAAUAAAAUCUUCUUAGCAAAGGGUAAUGUCCCAGCAGAGAGUUACACUUUGUUCAUGGAUACUUUACUGGAUACGGUGAGAGGAGAAAUUGCAGCAUGCAUUGAGAAAGCAUAUCUUAGUAUAACCUGUGCAGAGGCCGCUAGGCGACUUAAUCUGCCCUCACAACAAGCUGUACUUGAAUAUGGGAAAAAGCGUAAUUGGGUCCUCGGUCCAGACAAUUGCUACCAUUUUAAUGCAGCAGAGGAGACUUGUGCCGCUGCAGCUGGUAUCCUACCAUCAGCUGAACUUGCAGAGCAAACCAUAGAAUAUGCCAGACAUCUUGAAAUGAUUGUU